AUGUCAUUGAAGGUUCCAUUUUAUAUCGCGUGUAGCAAUUUCUUAUUAUUAACAGAUGUAUUUCCACAAGUUUAUCGUUUGACAAUUUAUCGUGAACUUUGGCCAGGACUUGCAUGUGAAGUUUUUGGAGCGUUUAUAUUCUUAUUUAUGCUUUUGAAUAUUCUAUUGGUAGUCGCGGUUUCAAUAAACACUUAUAUAAGAAUAUGUUUAAAGAAAAAUCCAAGUUUAGGAAGAUAUGAUUGGAAAUUAUUAUUAACAGUAUUGAUAAUAAGUCUAGCUAUUGCAGCCACAGGUGGUAAUGCAAUUUCUACAACCAUCAUCUUGGUAGUAGCCUUACUCACAUCAUCAUUUUGCUAUGGAUGCAUAAUUUAUAAAAUUAAUAGUAUAGAUCAAAAAUUAUUAAAUGGUCAAAGACAAAUAACAAUACGUGCGCAUGUAUCUAAAAAAAUAGCUGGCUAUAUUUUAAUUUUUAUUCUUCAAUGGAUUCCUACAUUACCAAGAUAUCUUUAUAAAAUAUAUUCGCCAGAUGCACCAACCUGGGCUUUUAUUUUAAUAAUUGUGGAAGAAUUACCACCACGUAUUUUUACGCUACAAUUUACCACAACGUCAGGUGCUUUGGAUAUAUUCAUUUUACGUAGUGCAUUUUUAGAUAUGGUUCAGUCACUAUUAAUAAUCUCAAUUGGAUCCAUGGAUUUUUUGGAACCUCUUUUUCGAUUGUAUGGCCAUGGUAAAAAAGUUCGUGUAAAAUGCAAUCCAACAGACACGGUUGGUGAAUUAAAGAAAUUAAUUUCAGCCCAAACUGGCACUGAUCCUUCAAGAAUUAUUUUAAAAAAAUGGUAUACAACUUUUAAAAAUCAUAUCACAUUGGAAGAUUAUGAAAUUAAUGAUGGAAUGAAUCUUGAAUUGUAUUAUUCAUAA